AUGGAAUUUGCAUUAUCACUCAUAUCAAUCAUCAUUCUCAUCUCAAUUUUCCCUCAAACAUCUAUUUCUCAUGACCUUCAAACUACUUUCCUUCAAUGUUUUUCAUCCUAUUCAAACUCAUCUACAAAAGUAAUGCUCACACAGAACACUUCAUCUUAUGAAUCUCUCUUACAGUCCUCCAUAAGAAACCAUAGAUUUUCAGAUGCUUCUGUUCCAAAACCAAACCUUAUUGUCACACCAAAUAGCCUAUUCCAAAUCCAAAUAACAAUAGUUUGUUCCAAAAAACAUGGCCUACAAAUAAGAGUUAGAAGUGGUGGACAUGACUAUGAAGGCCUUUCUUAUAUCUCUAACCUUCCAUUCCUAAUCAUUGAUCUCAUAAACCUUAGAUCCAUAACUAUUGACAUGAAAGAAGAAAGUGCAUGGAUUCAAUCUGGUGCUACACUUGGAGAACUCUACUAUGCAAUAGCAAACCAAUCUAAUGUUCAUGGUUUUCCAGCUGGGAGCUGUCCUACUGUUGGUGUCGGAGGUCACUUCAGUGGAGGUGGAUUCGGUACGUUGUUUCGAAAAUAUGGUCUUGCAGCCGAUAACGUAAUCGAUGCUCAAAUAAUAGAUGUUAAUGGAAAAAUACUAGAUAGAAAAAUGAUGGGUGAGAAUCUGUUUUGGGCUAUAAGAGGAGGUGGAGGUUCAAGCUUUGGAGUGAUCACUGCAUGGAAAAUCAACCUUGUGCGUGUUCCUUCGAUAGUUACAAUUUUCAGUAUUCCAAAAAGUUUAGAUCAAAAUGCUACAACCCUUUUCAUGAAAUGGCAAACUAUAGCUGAUAAGCUUCCUGAUGAGCUUUUUCUUCACUCGGUUAUAGGAGUUGGUGAAAAAGUACUUGUUUCUUUCGCAGGACUAUAUCUUGGAAAAGCUGAAAAGUUGCUUCCUUUGAUGGAGAAUAGCUUUUCAGAAUUGGAUUUGAAUCAUGAUAACUGCACUGAGAUGAGUUGGAUUCAAUCUGUUCUUUAUUUUGGGGGCUACUCCAUCAAUGAUUCAUUGGAAGUGUUACUUCGAAGAAACCAAACAUCACCGAGUUUCAAAGCAAAAUCAGACUUCGUAACGAAACCGAUCAAUAUUUCAGGUUUGGAAGGAUUAUGGAACAUGUUAGUUGAAGAGAAAGCUCCAACUUUGAUUAUGACACCAUAUGGAGGAAGAAUGAGUGAGAUUUCAGAAUCAGAAACUCCAUUUCCACAUAGAAAUGGGAACAUUUAUGAUAUCCAAUAUUUGAUAAGUUGGGAUUCAAAUGAAGAAACAUCAAAGCAUAUAGAUCGGAUGAGAAGGUUAUAUGCAUACAUGACACCAUAUGUUUCAAAGGGUCCAAGAGCUGCAUAUUUGAAUUAUAGGGACCUUGACAUUGGAAUGAACAUAGGUAAUGCAAGUUAUGAAGAAGCAAAAUCUUGGGGCGUGAAAUAUUUUAAGUCUAAUUUUGAAAGAUUGGCACAAGUAAAAGAUGAAGUUGAUCCUAGCAAUUUCUUUAGGAAUGAGCAGAGUAUUCCACCUUUUUCUUAUUGA